ACAACAACAUCAUCAACAACAGCAUCAUCAUCAACAGCAUCAUCAUCAACAGCAUCAUCAUCAACAACAUCAUCAUCAUCAACAACAUCAACAACAACAGCAUCAUCAACAACAUCAUCAUCAUCAACAACAUCAUCAACAACAGCAUCAUCAUCAACAGCAUCAUCAUCAACAACAGCAUCAUCAACAACAACAGCAUCAUCAACAACAGCAUCAUCAUCAACAACAUCAACAACAACAGCAUCAACAACAGCAUCAUCAUCAACAACAUCAACAACAACAGCAUCAACAACAGCAUCAUCAUCAACAGCAUCAUCAUCAACAACAGCAUCAUCAUCAACAACAACAUCAACAACAGCAUCAUCAUCAACAACAACAGCAUCAUCAACAACAACAUCAACAACAGCAUCAUCAUCAACAGCAUCAUCAUCAACAACAUCAUCAUCAUCAACAACAUCAUCAACAACAACAGCAUCAUCAACAACAACAUCAACAACAGCAUCAUCAUCAACAGCAUCAUCAUCAACAACAUCAUCAUCAUCAACAACAUCAUCAACAACAACAGCAUCAUCAACAACAGCAUCAUCAACAACAACAUCAACAACAGCAUCAUCAUCAACAGCAUCAUCAUCAACAACAGCAUCAUCAUCAACAACAACAUCAACAACAGCAUCAUCAUCAACAGCAUCAUCAUCAACAACAUCAUCAUCAUCAACAACAUCAUCAACAACAACAGCAUCAUCAACAACAGCAUCAUCAACAACAACAUCAACAACAGCAUCAUCAUCAACAGCAUCAUCAUCAACAACAUCAUCAUCAUCAACAACAUCAUCAACAACAACAUCAUCAACAACAUCAUCAUCAACAGCAUCAUCAUCAUCAUCAACAACAGCAUCAUCAUCAACAACAGCAUCAACAGCAUCAUCAUCAACAGCAUCAUCAUCAUCAUCAACAACAGCAUCAUCAACAACAACAUCAUCAACAACAUCAUCAUCAUCAACAACAGCAUCAUCAUCAACAACAUCAUCAUCAUCAACAACAGCAUCAACAACAGCAUCAUCAUCAACAACAACAUCAUCAACAACAUCAUCAUCAUCAACAACAUCAUCAUCAACAACAACAGCAUCAUCAUCAACAACAGCAUCAACAACAGCAUCAUCAUCAACAACAGCAUCAUCAUCAUCAACAACAACAUCAACAACAGCAUCAUCAUCAACAACAACAUCAUCAACAACAUCAUCAUCAUCAACAACAACAUCAUAAACAACAGCAUCAUCAACAACAACAUCAUCAACAAAAGCAUCAUCAUCAACAACGGCAUCAUCAACAACAACAUCAUCAUCAACAACAACAUCAUCAACAACAAAAUCAUCAACAACAACAGCAUCAUCACCAACAACAACAUCAUCAUCAACAACAACAUCAUCAUCAACAACAACAUCAUCAUCAACAACAACAAAAUCAUCAACAACAACAGCAUCAUCACCAACAACAACAUCAUCAUCAACAACAACAUCAUCAUCAACAACAACAGCAUCAUCAACAACAGCAUCAUCAACAACAACAGCAUCAUCACCAACAACAACAUCAUCAUCAACAACAACAGCAUCAUCAACAACAGCAUCAUCAACAACAACAGCAUCAUCACCAACAGCAUCAUCAACAACAACAGCAUCAUCACCAACAACAACAUCAUCAUCAACAACAACAGCAUCA